GGAAGGGCUGAUAGGUGUGAAUGCUGCUUCUGAGAUACAAAUCCAAAAUCUAGGUGUAGCUACUUGAGAAGUUAGCCACCAAAGGGACUGGCUUGGGUGUGCUUCUGAGACAAGGAACUGAAAGUCUUCAACGAACCUCUGCAGUUCUGUGUGGGUGAGUUCUUCAGAGAUGACCCUUCGGAGCAGCUGUUUUUGAAGACAGGUGGUAGGAGAGGCUCUAGGACCACAUGUCCCAUUAAACAACUUUACAAGAGGGAGACACAUCUGGUUUACCAGUGUUUCUGACUUCCUGCUGAGCUGAAAACGGCUUCUUUUUGUGGAAGAGCCAAACUUGGCCACAAACAUCUAAAAUGAAGAGCCCCCGAACUUUUGAGGAGCAAACAGAAUGCAUCGUGCACUCUCUGCUCUCAGACUUCUUAGGCACCACUCGGCAGGUUGCCAACCGGAGCCUGUGUGGUGUAGAUGAACCAGAUUCAGGAGAGGCUAGCUGUUUUGACGUGGCCAUCAUUGCCGGUCGCCUUCGGAUGUUGGGUGACAAGUUCAAUGGAGAAUUGGAAGCUUCUGCCAAAAACGUCAUCACAGAAACCAUCCGGGGACAGGCAGGAGCUAUACUUCAGGACACAGUAAAAUCUCUCAGCAAGGCCUGGUGUGCUCAGGAUUCCAGCUUGGCUUAUGAGAGAGCCUUUCUGGCAGUGUCAGUGAAACUUCUUGAAUGUGUAGUCCGCAUGGCUCCUGAUAUGGCAAGACAGGUGGCUAUGCCCAUGACAAAUAUGAUCAAUGGGAACAGUGCCAUCCGAGAGUACAUCCAGGGCCAGGGAGGUUGGGAAAACCUGGAGAGCUGAAGAAGAGGUGGAGCUGUUUUCCAGCCUGAACAGGACGUCUUCUUUGACUGAUCGGGUGAUUGAUUUCUGGCAAUUAAAACAGAAGAACAGCCAAAUCAAAACACACUUUCUUUUGGACAGAACUGAACUUGACUGAAUAAUCUAUCUUCUGCUGAUUGUUAAAGUUAGGAGCGACUCCCAGAGGUCUACAGAGAUUUUAUACUUUCUGUUCUUAUGUGAGUUUUAAUGAAGUUUUGUUGAAGCAGAGACCUCCAGAGGCAAGGUAAUGACUUGUCAGUAGUGGAGUUCCAGGCAACAGGAAACCAUUCUGCAGAUUUUGCCCUGCCCUUUGGUAAGGAUUUUAUCUACUAAUUUUGCAGUAUUAAGGAUUUCAGGGAGAUCUUUGGUUGGAAAAUUUUAUUUUAAGUUGAGGAUUUUCUUUUUAAGUUUAUAACCAAAAUUUCAUGUUAAUUUCACCUGAGCUGAAUUAUUUUAUGUAUUUUCAAGGUUAGAAGCAAAAAAGAGCAGUUGUUCAUCUGCCCUUCUACUAGAAAGGCCAAAGAGAGAGAUAACAGUUACUGCAUUUUUAUUGCCACAGGAUGCAGGAAGUGCUGGCCCACAUGUAGGACAGUAGGGCCGUCCCGGCUUAGAUGAAGCUACACACCACAGUGUUUUUCAAAGUAUAUUUCACAUACCACUUGUGGACCUUAUAUGUUGCUGAUCUCCAGGCCCCAUCCCUAGAGAUUCUGAUCCUAUAGGAGUGGGCUGGGGCCUAAGAUCCUACCUUUUUAAUCAGUUCCACUGGUGAUUCUAAUGAACAUAUAAAAUUUGGGAACCAUCGCUUUAGAGCAGGUGUUGGCAAAGUUCAGCCCAUAGGCCAAAUCAGCCUGCUUUUUUUUUUUUUAAUUAAAGCUUUAUUAGAAUGCAGCUGCACUCACUUGUUUGCAUAUUAUCUAUGGCUGUGUUAGCAUUGCAGCGGCAGAGUUGAGUCAUUUUAUGGCAGACACCAUAUGGCCUGUCCUGUAAAGCUUAAAAUAUUUACUGUCUGGCCUUUAAGUUUGCAGACCCCUGCUCUAAAGCUAAGUGAACACUUCUCCUUGAGUAACUUAAGCUCUGUUGCAAUCCUGACAGUUCCUGCCAAAUGGAAUUGUGGAUAGGAUAACUCUUCUUUCAGAAUUUAGCCUGAGCAUUUGUUGGUUCUUGCAUAGUCCACACUUUUUCUAGGACCUUUGGCAAAUCAGAGAGCUCUGUGACUCUGCACAUUAUAGAGGAUAUUCAUUUCCUUGGCCCUGCCACAAAUGAUUGGAAGGGACUGAAAGCAAAGCAUACGGUUUCCAUGGUCUGUGUAUCUCAUAACAGUUCUUAAUCUCGUAGGUUAGCAGGCAAUCAUUAGGUAGAGACUGCUUCAUCUCUGAGCCCCCAAACCAGACAGCCUACCUAACAUCAAGAAGAAAAGCAUUGCUGUAUCUACUUUUUAAGAGAGGUGUUAAUGGCUUUGGCUAAAGUUUUACAAAGCUAACCACUUCCCCUCCCUUCAGCCAGCCAUUAGGCUCCCCUCAAUGCACAGAAAUAAAAUGUAGGGUUGCUGAUAUAUUUUAACUUUUUCAAGUUAUACUAUUUUCUCUAUUCUUAGAUAAAUCACAAUAGGUUAGUAAUUCAGAAAUGAGAUUUCAUGUUCUCUUUAAUAGAAAUUAGGUUUUUUGUUUUUUUUGGUUUUUUUUUGCUACCAAUUUAAGACACUUGAUGCAUUCCUUUGUCCCUUUCAUUACUGUAAACUCAAUAUGGUGAGUUUUGUGGUUUUUGACCUCUUAGGCAAAAUCAUUAUUUUCACUUUGACUAAUGCUGUUCUGUUCAUGAAAUGAAAUUCUUCUGUCUCUGCAUUUGAACUAAUUCCCAGCAAGUGCAAUCUAAACUGAAUGGUACAGAAACAGAGAACAGAUUGGUGGUUGCCAGGGGCAUGGGGUUGAGGCGGGGUGGGGAAAUAGGUUAAGGUGGUCAAAGGGUACAGACUUCCAGUUAUAAGAUGAAAAACUUCUGGGGAGGUAAUGUACAGCGUGGUGACUAUAGUUAACAAUACUGUAGUGUGUAUUUGAAAGUUGCUAAGAGAAUAGAUUUUUAAAGUUCUUACCACACAUACACACAUUGCAGCUAUGUGAGGUGGUAUGUUAACUAACUUUGUUAUGGUAGUCAUUUUGCAAUAUAUAUGUAUAUCAAAUCAUUAUGUUAUAUUCCUUAAACUUACACAAUGUUAUAUGUCAAUUAUAUCUCAACAAAACUGGAAAAAAAUAAAUUGAAUAUAAGUGGUAGAGGC